AAAAGAAAAAAAGUUCAUCACUCUUUUCCUGCUGCCAUCAAUAAUUCGUCUGAUCGAUGCCGGUGUAACACGUGCUUUUUAUUUCAUCAUUUCAAUUAUUUUAUCAUUUUAAACUAUUUCAAGUGGAUGAUUGAAAACUAGUUUUAACGAUGGUGAAGGAGCAAUACCGUGAGACUGACGUUAUUAGAAAAAUAGCAAGAGUAAGCUUUGGAAUUGAGAGUCCGCAGCAAAUACAACAGCAAUCUCACAUUCAAGUGGUAGCUCAGAAUUUGUAUAACCGAGAUGCUGGACGAACACCUAUGCAGUAUGGAAUGUUGGACAGAAGAAUGGGGAUGAGUGUUAAAGAUGCAAUAUGUGGUACUUGCGGAAAAGGGCUGACAGAAUGUGUAGGCCAUUUUGGUUACAUUGAUUUGGAACUUCCAGUAUUCCAUGUUGGAUACUUCAAGGCUGUAAUUACUAUCUUGCAAACAAUUUGCAAAUCUUGCUCUCAUGUAAUGCUUAAUGAAAAGAUGAGAAAGAUUUACAGAGCCAAACUAAAGGGUUCAAAAAUACCUUAUCUAAAUAAGAAAGCACUGAGGAAGCAAAUUCAAGAAGUAUGCAAAAAAGUAACACGCUGCCCAAACUGCAAUGACAUCAAUGGCAUGGUGAAAAAGUGUGGCAUGCUGAAGAUAUCCCAUGAAAAAUUUAGAAGUAUCAAGAAAGACAACGUUAUUUUAAAAAAUGAGUUAGUGGCUUAUGAGAAUGCUGUGCAGUUCAACAAGGAGAUUGAAACAAUGUUGUCAUCUGGCUUGGUCAAAAUGUUAAAUCCACUUGAAGUACUUCAUCUUUUUGAGAGAAUUCCAGACGAAGAUAUCCAAUUUUUGGUGAUGAAUCCUGAAAAUGGGCAUCCAAAGGACAUGAUUCUCACUCGUGUUCCAGUUCCUCCUGUUUGCAUUCGACCUUCUGUAGUGUCCGAUUUGAAAUCGGGGACAAACGAGGAUGAUUUGACAAUGAAACUAACAGAAAUUGUCUUCCUGAAUGAUGUCAUUGUCAAACACCGUCUCUCGGGUGCAAAAAGCCAAAUGAUUCUAGAAGACUGGGAUUUUUUGCAGUUACAAUGUGCACUUUACAUCAACAGUGAAUUAUCCGGUAUCCCUUUGAACAUGCAACCCAAAAAACCAUCUCGUGGUCUAGUUCAACGCCUAAAGGGAAAACAAGGACGGUUUCGUGGAAAUCUUUCGGGGAAGCGUGUCGAUUUCUCCGGAAGAACAGUCAUUUCGCCUGACCCCAAUUUGCGGAUUGAUCAAGUUGGCGUUCCGGAGUUGGUUGCAAAAAUUCUGACUUUCCCUACUCGUGUCAAUGAAGCAAAUAUUGAUCUAAUGAGAAAAUUAGUAAGAAACGGAGCAGACGUCCAUCCUGGCGCCAAUUAUCUGCAAGAAAAAGGUUCAGAAUUGAAAAAGUUUCUCAAGUACGGGAAUCGCGAAAGCCUUGCUCGAAAUCUCAAGCUUGGCGAUUUGAUUGAAAGGCAUAUGAUGGAUGAAGAUAUCGUCUUGUUCAACCGUCAGCCGUCGUUACAUAAACUUUCCAUUAUGUGCCACCGAGCAAAGAUUUUGCCGCACCGCACUUUCCGCUUCAAUGAAUGCGUCUGUACACCCUACAAUGCGGAUUUUGACGGUGACGAGAUGAAUCUCCAUCUUCCGCAAACAGAAGAAGCUCGCGCUGAAGCCUGGAUCCUAAUGGGAAAUAAAUAUAAUUUAGUGACUCCGCGUAACGGCGAAUUAUUGAUAGCAGCUAUUCAGGAUUUCAUAACUGGAGCUUACUUGCUGACAUUAAAGGAUGCUUUUUUCGAUCGAGCCAAGACUUGCCAAAUGGUUGCAUCCAUGCUUGCAGGUGACGAGGUAAACAUGGUCAUUAAACUUCCGCCUCCGUGUAUCCAAAAACCUGCAGCCCUAUGGUCAGGAAAACAGAUUUUCAGUUUGAUUCUUCGUCCUAAUCCUGGAGAUCGCAUUAAAGUUAACCUGAGAACCAAAGGAAAAGAGUAUUCAAAGAAGAACGAAGAGUUUUGCGUCAAUGACGGGUUUCUGUUGGUCCGUAAUUCUGAGGUGUUAGCAGGAUGCGUUGACAAAUCUACCAUUGGAUCUGGUUCAAAAAUCAACAUUUUUUACGUACUUCUUCGCGACUACGGAGAGGAUUUCGCUAUUCAGGCAAUGUGGAAACUUUGCCGAGUAGCUUCUUAUUAUAUGAUGAACCGAGGAUUCUCUAUCGGCAUUGGUGAUGUAACUCCUGGCAAAACUUUGCUAAAGGAAAAACAAACACUUUUGGACACUGGUUAUUCCAAGUGCGACGAAUACAUUCGUUUACUCACCUUAGGUCAACUGCCUUGCCUUCCAGGAUGCAAUGAAGAAGAAUCCUUAGAAUCAAAAAUCUUGAAAGAACUGUCUGGAAUUCGUGAUCAGGCCGGAGAAGUGUGCAAAAAGGAGCUGCAUCCGAGCAAUAGUCCAUUGGUCAUGUCUAAAAGUGGUUCAAAAGGAUCAUACAUCAACAUUUCUCAGAUGAUUGCCUGCGUAGGACAACAAGCUUUAAACGGCAAACGAGUGCCCAAUGGUUUUGAAGAUCGAAGUUUGCCUCAUUUCAAGCGACAUUCGAAAAUCCCGGCAGCUAAAGGGUUUGUCUCCAACAGCUUUUACUCCGGACUUACUCCCACAGAAUUUUUCUUCCACACAAUGGGCGGGCGUGAAGGAUUGGUGGAUACAGCCGUAAAAACAGCUGAAACGGGUUAUAUGCAACGGCGACUAGUAAAAUCGUUGGAAGACCUUUGUUGCCAGUACGAUUCGACUGUGAGAAACUCCACUGGAGAGAUUAUUCAAUUCGUUUAUGGAGGUGAUGGGCUAGAUCCUACUUACAUGGAAGCCAAAGAUCGCCCCGUUGAUUUCCAACGAGCUCUUGACCAUAUCAAAGCCGCUUCCCCUUAUCCGGAUGAAGAACCUUUGGAUGAUAUUGAACUGCAACAAGCAUUCAACACAAUUAUGGACACGGAUUCUUUUAAAAUGCUUGGAGUUGACUUUCAACAUGAGCUCCGGGUUUUUGUUGAGAGCCAAGUCAAACGGAUCAAAAAAGUACGGCAGCUUUUCAAAAUGGAAGGUCGAUCUUUACUUACAGUAGAAAAACACCUGGAGCGCAUAACUGUUGGUCAGUUAGUGGAAUUCUGCGACUUUUCUAAGGAAAAGUAUGAACGGGCUAAAAUUGAGCCAGGUACCGCCGUUGGAGCACUUUGCGCCCAGAGUAUUGGAGAACCGGGUACUCAAAUGACGCUCAAGACAUUUCAUUUUGCUGGUGUUGCUUCCAUGAACAUCACACAGGGAGUUCCUAGGAUUAAGGAAAUUAUUAAUGCUUCAAAAGCCAUCAGUACGCCAGUCAUUUCUACUCAGCUUUUAAAAGAUGAUGACCCUGAGUAUGCUCGACGAGUAAAAGGAAGGAUAGAAAAGACCACACUGGGAGAAGUAACAGAAUAUUUCGAGGAAGUCUACUUACCCGAUGAUUGUUUCAUGUUGAUCAAAUUGGACAUGAAUAGGAUCCGAUUGCUUAAAUUAGAAGUGGACGCAAAUUCGAUUCAGUGGAGCCUCUGCACAUGUAAGCUGAAAAUAAAGCCUAGUUUCAUUAAAGUCAUAAGUGAAACCAUCGUUAUCGUCAAACCUGCUCCAUCUUCGAAAUCUUCGAUGUAUCACGUUAUGCAACAUCUCAAGGAAACGUUACCCAGAGUCGUCAUCAAGGGUUUGCCAACUGUCAGUCGAGCUGUCAUCAAUAUAGACGACACAAGAAAACCACCAAGAUAUUACCUACUUGUUGAAGGUGACAACAUGCGGGAAGUGAUGGCGACCUACGGUGUUAAAGGGACCUCAACUACAUCAAACAAUAUUCUGGAAGUCUACAGUACCUUGGGAAUUGAAGCUGCAAAGGCGACUAUUGCUAAGGAAAUCCAAUACACCAUGGAAAGCCACGGCAUGAGUGUCGAUCGCCGGCACGUUGCUCUUCUUUCAGAUUUGAUGAGUUGCCGUGGUGAAAUUUUGGGCAUCACGAGACAUGGAUUGGCAAAGAUGAAAGAGUCGGUUCUGAUGUUAGCUUCGUUCGAAAGGACCUCGGAUCAUCUAUUUGAUGCAGCAUACUACGGGCAGGAAGAUGAGAUUACGGGAGUAAGCGAAUGCAUCAUCAUGGGAAUACCAAUGUCAAUCGGGACUGGGGCUUUUAAAUUGCUGUACAAAACCGGAAAGUCGGUUCCACCUAAAACAAGACCACUUAUUUUUGAUUUACCAGAAUAUCAUGUACCAAUGCUUUAAAUGCGAGUCAUGAGAGUGUAGAGUGUACCAAUGCGAUCCAAGGGAGCAAGUCAGAAACAAGUUUGCAUAUUUUAUCUUUCAAAAUUGAAAUUGUUGUGGUGACAUGCGGAUUACGCAGAAAUUUCAAACGGUAUUCUCAGUUAAAAUACACUGAAUUUUUAAAUUGCA